AUGUUCGCCUUCUUGAUGACCCUCCUAGCGCUGCCCCUGCUGGGCUUGAUCUCGAUUCCACUGAUACUGUCAGCAUGGCUCACCAUUUCCUUUGCCAUGUUCACACUACUCCUGCGAUUCGCCGUGGUCUACACCGAGCUAUGCUAUGCUAUGGUUCUCAGUUUCUUUACUCUUCCAACCUCAUCAUCCUCAUUCCUGACCUUUGCUCCGUCUGAGCCCGCAACCCCAGCUGUGGGCAACUCCAGACGGAAUUCUGGAUAUGGUCUGAUCCCGUAUCGUCAGAAUAACGACACUCUUUCAUCCUGGGCACUGAACGCACUUCACGACGAUCCUGCCAAGCUUCGAAAAAAGUCCUAUGCGCGCAGUAUGGUCGAGGCUCAUCACCUCCCCACCACACCCUUCAUGGGAUUGCCCAUAAGCGGUGAUGAGAGGCGAGACUUUGAAGGCGUCGGUGGCUGGCGCUCAUACCCUGAUCCAUCGCGUGCAUCAAGACCGCGCACAUCCCAUUCGUUCCAAGAGAAGCCAUUAAGCUCUGAUGCAUCCUCGCCUGCGCCAAGUGCCACCGGCAUUGCCGAUGUCAAUGUCGAUGUCGAUGCGGACGAGCGCGCCUGGCUCUCACUAAACGACCGUCUUGAAUUACCUUCCCAAGUCAUCACAUUCGGAAUCGGCUCCUCCAUGAGCUCAGCCGUGAAUAGCCCGACGGGCAUGGAUUUCUUCCGUGCUAAUUCGCAUACCGCUGUACCUAAUUCAUCUCGAUUGCACCAUUCCCGACAUUCAGGAAGAAAUAGACAUCACCACCGCUCACAUACCACCUCCGCUCUUACAGCCUCUGAUAACCGCACGGGCAGCGGGCUAUCUCUUGCAUUCUCGACGAGACCAGAUCCCACCGUAUCCCCUCCCGCUGCCCAGCUGGCCCCUUCAUGA